AUGGCCCUGCUGUGCUGGGCCCUGAGCCGGAACGCGGGGCCGAGCUGGCGGCGGGUGGCGCGCGCCUUCCCCCGCUUCCCGCUGCCUCAGCCUCGGCCCAUCCGCGCCGUCUCCCGCGCCAUGGCUUGCAGGCAGGAGCCGCAGCCGCAGCGCCCUCCGCUUGCCGCCGGCGUCGUGGCCUCUUACGACUACCUGGUGAUCGGGGGCGGCUCGGGCGGGCUGGCCAGCGCCCGCAGGGCGGCGGAGCUGGGCGCUAGGGCCGCGGUGGUGGAGAGCCACAAGCUGGGCGGAACAUGCGUGAAUGUUGGAUGUGUACCCAAAAAGGUAAUGUGGAACACGGCUGUCCACUCUGAAUUCAUGCAUGAUCACGUUGAUUAUGGCUUUCAAAGCUGUGAGAGUAAAUUCAAUUGGCGCGUUAUAAAGGAGAAGCGUGAUGCCUAUGUGAGCCGCCUGAACACCAUCUAUCAAAAUAAUCUCACCAAGUCCCAUAUAGAAAUCAUCCAUGGCCAUGCAGCAUUCACGUGUGAUCCGGAGCCCACAGUAGAGGUCAAUGGGAACAAGUACACUGCUCCUCACAUCCUGAUUGCCACAGGUGGCGUGCCCUCACGUCCUCAGGAGAGCCAGAUCCCCGGGGCCAGCCUAGGAAUAACGAGUGAUGGAUUUUUCCAACUGGAAGAAUUGCCUGGCCGCAGUGUCAUUGUCGGCGCGGGCUACAUUGCUGUAGAGAUAGCUGGCAUUCUUUCCGCUCUGGGUUCAAAGACAUCACUAAUGAUACGGCAUGAUAAGGUACUUAGAAAUUUUGAUUCAAUUAUCAGUUCAAACUGCACUGAAGAGCUGGAGAAUUCUGGCAUAGAGGUCCUGAAGUACUCACAGGUCAAGGAAGUGAAGAAGACUCCCUCUGGCUUGGAACUGUGCAUGGUUACCUCAGUUCCUGGUAGGAAACCCACCUUGACCACGAUUCCGGAUGUUGACUGUCUGCUGUGGGCCAUUGGGCGGGACCCAAACUCCAGUGGCCUGAAUUUAAACAAAGUGGGGAUUCAAACUGAUAAAAAAGGUCAUAUCAUAGUAGAUGAGUUCCAGAAUACCAGCGUCAAAGGCAUCUAUGCCGUUGGGGACGUGUGUGGAAAAGCUCUUCUUACUCCAGUUGCCAUAGCUGCUGGCCGAAAACUUGCCCAUAGACUUUUUGAAUGCAAAGAAGAUUCCAAAUUAGACUAUGACAACAUCCCCACAGUCGUCUUCAGCCACCCCCCGAUUGGGACAGUGGGACUCACGGAAGAUGAGGCCAUUUAUAAAUAUGGAAAAGAAAAUGUGAAGACCUAUUCAACCACCUUUACCCCAAUGUAUCAUGCGGUUACCAAAAGGAAAACAAAAUGUGUGAUGAAGAUGGUUUGUGCCACUGCAGAGGAAAAGGUGGUUGGGAUCCAUAUGCAAGGAAUCGGGUGUGAUGAAAUGCUGCAAGGUUUUGCUGUUGCGGUUAAAAUGGGGGCAACAAAAGCUGACUUUGACAACACGGUUGCUAUUCACCCGACCUCUUCAGAAGAACUGGUCACACUUCGUUGAAAACCCGGACACUCACGUGGCUGGCAGUUGGACCAGUAGACCUGAAAAGAACCAAAUUACCAUGUUUACUUAUGUUCCCCUUUUACGUAUUUCCUUAUUGUAACCGGGAAAUUCUGAUAGUGGAAAUUUUCAGCUCAUAAUAGGACUUAUUUUUGUAAUUAGAGAUUUGUUUUGUCA